ACUUUAAUAGGGCAGUUGGCACGGACCAAACCUGGGCUGGCCAGGCCUUCUGACUGGUACCCGGAGGUAGACAUAAAGGAACUGAGGAAGUCAAUGAACUCUGAUUUUCAUGACGAUCUCUUGACAUCAGAAUUCCCUUUUUGUAUAUACACGUGUCUCCUCUGAUCCUGUGGAGAUGAAAAUUGACAUCCACACUCAUAUUCUACCAAAGGAAUGGCCUGAUCUGGAAAAGAAGUUCGGCUAUGGAGGCUGGGUGCAGCUCCAGCAGCAAGGCAAGGGAGAAGCAAAGAUGAUGAAAGACGGGAAGGUCUUCAGAGUGGUCCAACAGAACUGCUGGGACCCCGAAGUUCGUAUCAGAGAAAUGGACCAGAAAGGAGUGACGGUGCAAGCUCUUUCCACGGUUCCUGUCAUGUUUAGCUACUGGGCCAAACCUAAGGAUACUUUGGAGCUGUGCCAGUUUUUAAACAAUGACCUAGCUGCUACCAUUGCCAGAUACCCUCGAAGGUUUGUGGGUUUGGGCACGCUGCCUAUGCAAGCCCCGGAUCUGGCCGUCGAGGAGAUGGAGCGUUGCGUGAGGGAGCUAGGAUUUCCUGGAGUCCAGAUUGGCUCCCACAUCAACAUGUGGGACUUGAACGACCCGGAACUCUUCCCUGUCUACACGGCGGCCGAAAGGCUGAACUGUUCUCUGUUCGUGCAUCCCUGGGAUAUGCAGAUGGAUGGACGAAUGGCCAAAUACUGGCUGCCUUGGCUCGUAGGAAUGCCGUCGGAGACCACCGUGGCCAUUUGUUCCAUGAUCAUGGGUGGGGUGUUUGAGAAGUUCCCCAAACUCAAAGUGUGCUUUGCACAUGGAGGUGGUGCUUUCCCCUUCACAGUGGGAAGAAUCGCCCACGGAUUCAACAUGCGCCCAGAUCUCUGUGCCCAGGACAAUUCAUCUGACCCCAGGAAAUACCUUGGCUCCUUCUACACAGACUCCCUGGUUCACGAUCCUCGCUCUCUCCAGCUGUUGACAGAUGUCAUAGGAAAGGACAAAGUCAUUCUUGGAACUGAUUACCCAUUUCCACUAGGUGAGCAGGAGCCUGGGAAAUUGAUAGAGUCCAUGGGAGAAUUUGACGAGGAAACAAAGGAUAAACUCACAGCUGGCAAUGCCUUGACUUUUUUGGGUCUUGAGAGAAAACUAUUUGAAUGUCAAAAUUAGCCAAAAAAAAAAAAACCUUCCAAGAA